GACCGGCGCAGGAUGUGAGCUCACAGCUCGGGAUUGCUGGCGGGCAGGCAGCCACAGGUCAGAGACGGCACGGAGUUCGCUCGCCCCCCAGCUGAGAGGAGAGGAGCCCCCGGCGACGAGUGGGAAAUGGAUCCGCCCCUAGCCCCAGGCAUCCCCAAAUACCCACAAAGUCCGGAAGGAAGAGUAUUGAGUGGAAACUUCAUUGUCGCUGGAAUUACUUUCUGGGGCGGCACCUGCCGCAGGAUUCCUGGAACUCAUUGGUCUGAAUGGAAUCUGAGCUGACGUCAGCCAGGAACAGUUGCUUUGCAGGAAAGGAAUAGAUUAGCUGUGGAUUUGUCUUCCUCUCCUGGCAAACCCCAGGCUUUCAGUACCUUUGCUUUGGAAGAAAAUGCAUGUGUUUUCUUUGACCUUGUUAAAAACUUUUCCUGGGUGGACUGAUUGGUUUGGAGUCGGUGGGAGGUUAGGUCAUCCGCUGUCCCAGUGGAGGUCUCGGCAGACUCCUGUUGAGGGCUUUUCUCAUCCACACCGCAUGCCUGCACAGUUCAUCACUUCACAGGACACCCACUCUGGCCCUUUUGGGACAUUCUUCCCAGGGACCUGCCUAAAUCUUUUCAGGGACAAUUUCAAUCUGACGAACUGCCAUGGACUUCAAAAGGUUCGUGGGAAGUCAAAUUAAGAAAAACUUAUUUUGGUGGAGAAAACAUCUUGAAAUCCAUGUAUAAAAGUGCAGGCCAGUGUGCAGAAAGACCGCGUGCGGAGUGGAGCGGCACAACUGGGGACACCAGUGCCAUUUGUGGGCUGCACUUGGCGAGGCACACCGUCAGCUCCCGCGUGUGAGCAUGGAGGGAGAGGAUUCUGCCUUUUCUCUGCCUCUGUUCCCCCUGUGCGCCAAGUCUUCACCACUUUAUGCCUGCACUACUGCUUCCUCUGGUCCUCCCACGGCCUCUGCACCCUUACAAUCCAUUCUCUACACAGCACCCAGAAGUAUGGUUGCGAUUAUCUCACUCACCUGCUUAGAACCCUCCAGUGGAUGCCUGCACUGCACUGCACUUGAAAUAAAGCCCCAGCUCUUGGGCACCAGCUAGUACCCGCCUGCCUGCCUGCCACGGAACCAGAGGCUGAGCAUGAGGUUCUGGCCUCCACGGGCCACUCACCUGUGACCACUUCCACCACGGCGGAGCCUUCCAAGCCUACCUCCUGCCGUGUGGUGAUCUACCUGCAGCGGGAGAUGUCGGGGGAUACCUGUCUGUGCCCAGCCUCGGGGGCCAAGCCCAAGUUAAGCGGCUUCAAAGGAGGCGGGCUGGGCAACAAGUACGUGCAGCUCAAUGUGGGUGGCUCCCUGUACUACACCACGGUGCGGGCUCUCACCCGGCACGACACCAUGCUCAAGGCCAUGUUCAGUGGGCGCAUGGAGGUGCUGACGGACAAAGAAGGCUGGAUCCUCAUAGAUCGAUGUGGAAAGCACUUUGGCACCAUUUUGAAUUACCUCCGAGAUGACACCAUCACCCUCCCUCAAAACCGGCAAGAAAUCAAGGAAUUGAUGGCUGAAGCAAAAUAUUACCUCAUCCAGGGGCUGGUGAACAUGUGCCAGACCGCCCUGCAGGACAAGAAGGACUCCUACCAGCCUGUGUGUAACAUUCCCAUCAUCACCUCCCUGAAGGAGGAGGAGCGGCUCAUCGAGUCCUCCACCAAGCCCGUGGUGAAGCUGCUGUACAACAGAAGCAACAACAAAUACUCCUACACCAGCAACUCUGACGACCACCUGCUGAAAAACAUCGAGCUGUUUGACAAGCUCUCGCUGCGCUUCAACGGCCGCGUGCUCUUCCUCAAGGACGUCAUCGGGGACGAGAUCUGCUGCUGGUCCUUCUACGGCCAGGGCCGCAAGCUGGCGGAGGUGUGCUGCACCUCCAUCGUCUACGCCACGGAGAAGAAGCAGACCAAGGUGGAAUUCCCAGAGGCCCGGAUCUACGAGGAGACACUCAAUGUCCUACUCUAUGAGAGCCCCCGCGUCCCUGACAACUCCUUGUUGGAGGCCACAAGCCGGAGCCGCAGCCAGGCUUCCCCGAGUGAAGAUGAGGAGACCUUUGAACUGCGGGACCGCGUGCGCCGCAUCCACGUCAAGCGCUAUAGCACUUACGACGACCGGCAGCUUGGCCACCAGUCUGCCCACCGCGACUGACAAGGCCCGUGGGGAGGCCCUGCCUUCCCUUCUGGGGAACCCCACCCCCUCUGCCACCCCACACUGCUGCUGGCUGGAUCUCUGCUCUGGCGCCAUGUCAGGCCUUGCCUGGGAGGUCAGAGAGCCUGGACCAGGAGUCGGGGAACCCCAUUCCUUUGCCCCGCCUCCCUGUCCCUGCUCCUGCCCAAUAGGGAGCCACUUCUGCUCGGGAGGACGCACUGGCUCCCCCCCUCCCAGGAACAGUCCCCUCAGCGCUUUGCUGAGCGCCCCUUUCCUCUGCUAGGACCCCUGGGGAGGGGGGUCGGGGGGGGGCAGCUUCUGGUGCUCUGGAGGCCUGGGUUUAUUUUUUUAGCGAAGGUGGGAUCUUCCUUUUUCCUAAGGCAUUUAAGCAGGCUUGAUGAGUUUGGUUUUUAAGACUUCGUUUAGGAAAUGACGGUUUUAAACUAGCAAGGAGGGACUGGACCUUUGCUCCCUUCCAGGGUGCCAAGACCCUGGGUAAGACAGAACCCAUGGCCCUUCCUGAUGCUGUCGGGAUCGGUUUCUCUGAAGCACUUUGUACUGUUAUUCAGGAGAUUUAUAUUCUGCCCUGACCCACGUCUUCUUCUGACCCUAACCCCCUCUUCCCUGCAGAAUCAACCUGGGGGAGGGGAGACAAAGCAAUAAAGCCAACUGACAAGCUCUGGCUUGGCCAGCCUGGCCCAAAGAGCACGCUGGAGGGAAGGAUGCGUAACUGGGACCACUGGUCCUCACAGCAGCCCUGAGAGGAAAGACAUUUUUACCUCCCACUGACUCGUAGGCUCAGAAGUGAUUGCUUUUUGUGAGGUGCCUUCAGCUCCACGGCAUGCUGUCCUCACACAGUAGAGCCAAGCGCUGUGACAGGCUAGGACCAACUCCAGGCCAGAAGCACAAGCCACAGCAAUCCCAUGGGCCCAGCAACCCCUGUGUAGAGGUAUCAGGUGCUUGGUGAUCCACCUGCUCCUCCAUGACCCAUGCUAUUGGUUUGUGUCCCAGCUGAGGGUGGUAGUUCUGCUCAGGGGUGAGUCCCAGGACACAAGAUGAGGGAAGCAACCCAAGCUCCCUGAAUGCCUUCAUUCCUCCUUUGGUAAUUUAACCAGAGAUGCCAAGCACCGGCCAGAGCGUGAGCUCUUCAAGACUUUGGUUCCCACCCCCUUCUGUUUGGCUUGGCCCUUGGGAAACAGCUUAUCUAAAUUCCUCUACAAAGGAAUGCUGUCGGGAGGGAGCUGCCAGCCUAACAGCAGCACAGCCGUGUACAGUACCCGCUCUCCUGGGCACCAGCGCAGGCUCUCAAGGUCGUCCCUCUUGACUACUCUGACACAGUGAGGUGGCUGCUCACGGCUGACUCCAUGGAACCUACGGGCAAGUGCCGGGCCCAAGUUGGACACUCCCAAGGACCUGAAAUGACACGAUGGGACGGGGAAAUGUGACUGAUGAGGCAUUUCAUGUGUUAGACACAGUCUUGAAUGUAAAAUAGCUCUAAGAGUCCUCAGGUCAUGCACCGUGAGGAUCAGUGACUAGUGCUUCCAGCCCUCACUGGAGUAGUAAGAUACAUCCAUUUCUUUGUCCCAAUUCAGGCUCUGGCUCUGUGGCUUUCCCACAGGCACAGGAAUGCUGCUGCAGGAGGCCUCUGGCCUGUUUUCUCAGCUGCCCUUUAAUACUGAAGUUCCCAGCUCCCCACAGAGGUGUUCUCAUGCUUAUCCUGUGACCUCCCCAACCCCCGCAGCCUCUACUUCCGCUGCCGCUCAUCCUCAGCCCUCUCGCUGGUGACCAGGAAAACACUAGUCGGGAAGGGCACUUGUCUUCUCCCUCUGGAAACGUUUGGUCUUAAGGAAAACAGCUAGCACUGGGCUCAGUGGAGUGAGCUUAGCUUCUUUAAUCAGGAUUUACGGUUUGAGGAUCUUGGGGAAUUUUCUUCAAGUUUCCCAACCCCGUUCAGGAAGCAGCCCUUGGUUGUGUGCAUUUCCAACUGCAAGCAGCCCAGGGGGAAGCUGACAACAGCAUGGAUGUAGGUCUAACCCUGUCAGUUUCUGAGAAACUGGAAGUCUGCUAUGAACACAGACAGUACCAGGUUUUACUGCAUGUGCCGUGUGACCCAGGUCUGCCUGAAGGAUGGUGCAGUGCUGGCAGGAGAGAAUUUCCUCUUUGCCACAUAGCUGUGAUACCUUCUUGCUCAGCGUAAAGUGAUGGAAGCAAACACUAAUUUCUAAUAAAACUGUUGCACUGGA